UCUCGUGUCCCCGCCCCGUCUUCUCAUGGACUCUGAGUGACAGCCGAGUCUCCUCCCCCUCCCUAGUGUUGCACGCUCUUUUCAUAAUCAUGUCUCCUCCCAGCCAGGCUCCUCCUCUCUGACUCUCGGCCGGAGCUCGGUCGCGUACCUUGGAUUCUUCGUCUGGACUCGGAAAUGGUGGUGACGGUGACCGGCAGUGAGGUGAAUUGUGAAAGGGACAUUGUUCUUUGAUCAAGCCAACUAUAUACAAUUUCUCCUUAAGCCAUUGGAGGGUUCACAAAAGCUUUAUUUGGAGGAUAGGAGAAACCUUUCAUAACAAAGUUAUUACUCAUUGAAGAAAUGAAACGCAAAAGAGAGAAAACACUUCAGUGCUCGGAGUGUGACUUACGCUUUGCAGCUAAAACACAUCUUCUCAUACAUCAGAGGAUUCACACAGGAGAGAAACCAUAUCUGUGCUCUGUGUGUGACAUACGCUUUACACGUAAAUCACAGCUUGACAUACAUCAGUGGAGUCACACAGGAGAGAAACCAUUUAAAUGUUCUGAGUGUAGCAAGUGUUUUUCCCGGAAAUGUAGUCUUGUUAUGCAUCAGAUGAUUCACACAGGAGAGAAACCAUUUAAAUGCUCUGAAUGCAGCAAGUGUUACAACAGAAAGGAAGAACUUGUUAUACAUCAGAUGAUUCACACGGGAGAGACACCAUUUAAAUGCUCAGAAUGCAGCAAGUGUUAUACCAGAAAGCGACAACUUGUUAUACAUCAGUGGAGUCACACAGGAGAGAAAGCAUUUACAUGCUCUGAAUGCGGCAAAUGUUUUUCCCAUAAGUCACAUCUUGAUAGUCAUCAAAGAAGUCACACAGGAGAGAAACCAUUUAAAUGCUCUGAAUGUAGCAAAUGCUUUUCUGAGAAGCAACAACUUGCUGUACAUCAGAGGAGUCACACAGGAGAAAAAUCAUUUACAUGCUCUGAAUGCAGUAAGUGUUUUUCCCAGAAGUACCAGCGUGAUAGACACCAGAUGAUUCACACAGGAGAGAAACCAUUUACAUGCUCUGAAUGCAGCAAGCGUUUUAUCAGUAAGCAACAACUUAUUAGCCAUCGGAGAAGUCACACAAGAGAGAAACCAUUUACAUGUUCUGAAUGUGGGAAGUGUUUUUCGGAGAAGUCAAAUCUUGUUCGACAUCAGAGGAGUCACACAGGAGAGAAGCCAUUUAAAUGUUCUGAGUGCAGCAAGUGUUAUACCCUUAAAGAGAAUCUAGUUAGACAUCAGAAGAGUCACACAGGAGAUAAACGAUUAACAUGUUCUGAGUGCAGCAAAUGUUUUACCAAGAAGAAAGCGCUUAUUACUCACAUGAGGAGUCACUCUAAGGGUUUGAAUAUGGCAAGUGUUUCAUAAGUAAACUUGUAUCAUGACAAUUGGUGUGAUUCUGAGAUGGGAGCAUAGAAUGAGAAAGCAGGUAACUUUGCACCUGGACAAACCAUGUUGCGAUACAAGGGGUGCAAAUACAUUUAUUUACUUUUUUUUUUUGUUUUGCUGUUCUCUAUGCUCUGAAUUACCCCCAAUAUGCGCUAGAGAAAGACCAUUUUUAUUUUCUUACAGUGACACUUUUUUUUAUAGAAGCUCAUGCAAGUGCUGGUAAUAGUAGAGGAAAGCGCUUUCUGUCCAGUAGAGUGUUCCAGCAGCUCCUCUCAGUACUGGGAUUCUCGGACUGGCAGAGCUAUGAUUACUGGAUAUUUCUAUAGGAACUCUGUAUGCUUCUCUGUUUCACCCUAUGGGUUAUAUUUACUAAGCUGCCAAUUCUCAGUGAUUAACCCCUGCUGGAUAUUAAAGGGCCGUAGUAAUACACACAAAAUCAGACUUGCUUUGCUUGUAUUUCUAUUGGUCUUUUAAAUCCAGCACUCAAGGUAUUUAGAAUUGGUGGCUUUGAAAAAAAGAAUAUCUAUACCUCUACAAGUCUCUUAUAAAUGUACCUGCUUAUUUAUUCCCUAAUAAAUGUAUUCUGUUAGGAAUACUAUGUACUAUUUAGUAAAAUGGUGCAAGUAAACUCUUUUUUGCCUAUAUACUUUAGCAGCCAAUUAAAUUAUAACAUUUAAUAUGCUGGCAGUAGACCGCUAAUAGCUCAUAUCAGGUUGCUACGCGUUACAGCACCUAGUUUAUUUUAACUUCAUGUUAUUAAAGAAGUCCCAAGGAGGGCACAUUGUUUGGCAAGAUUACUAAUAUAGUCUCAUCAUAAUUAAAAUUUACUAGCACAGUAAAAGUAUUCAUAGUCUGUAAUUGUUUCUAAAGUUUAGAAGAUAGAACCAGGGGAGAUAAUUAGCGAGUCGGGUAGUUGGGAAAGAUCACUUAUUUUCAUAAGGCAAAUUUAUUUUCGUUGUCUUUUUUUUUUUU